AUGACGAAACUCCAAGUACUCCACUCAACCACUACAACCUUUACAUUACAGUUACACUCUUGCUUCAACACAUCUUUCUCUUCACUCUCUAUUCUCCCCAAGAAUAAAUUCCCUCGCUGUCCUAGGCCCCUCUCUCUCUCCUCCAGUACAAAGUUUUCAGUUUCCUCAGCAAUGGAAAGUGCUGGAACCAACUCUAUAAAAGAAACGCCAGCAGGUUUUGAUGCAGCUGCGGAAGAAGAAUAUGAAUCUCUGUCUAAAUUGCUCAUAGAGUUCUCCGACAUUCCGGCCAUUGAUAAGGCAUGGACUUUUGCAUCUCAAAAUGGUUCUCAGGCCAUGUUUUCGAUUAGCCAAGCAAAUCUUUUGGCCAAUAAGAGGAGGAAUUCCAUACUUACCAGUCAUAUUCUAAAAGAAAGCAACAAUUCUAUAAGCUUUCAUUGGGCUCCAUUUCCAAUUGAGGUUACAGGCGUCUCUGUGAUGGUACCCUCCCCGUCGGGUUCAAAACUUCUUAUUGUUCGAAAUUCUGAAAAUGACUCUCCAACCCAUUUUGAAAUCUGGGGUCCUUCUGUAGUGAAAAAGGAUAUUCCAAUUCCGCACUCUAAGCAUGGAUCAGUAUAUUCAGAUGGAUGGUUUGAGGGAAUUUCAUGGAACUCUGAUGAAACUCUCAUAGCUUAUGUUGCUGAGGAACCGGAUCAACCCAAGCCCACAUUUACUGAUCUAGGAUACAAAAAAGGGGGUUCUAAAGAUAAGGAUUGUGGCAUCUGGAAAGGUCAAGGUGAUUGGGAAGAGGACUGGGGGGAAACCUAUGUUGGGAAAAGGCAGCCUGCUCUUUUUGUUAUCAGUGUAAACAGUGGGGAAGUAUGUGCCGUUGAAGGUGUAGGAAGGUCAUUGAGUGUUGGCCAAGUUGUAUGGGCUCCAUCGACUGAAGACCAGCAUCAAUAUCUGGUUUUUGUUGGGUGGCCUUCUGAUGCUAGAAAGUUAGGCAUCAAAUAUUGCUACAAUAGGCCCUGUGCAUUAUAUGCAGUCAAAGCUCCAUCUUUUGAAUCAGAAGCCACUCAAACCAGGAAUGCAGCUGAAGAUAUGCCCAUAGUUAAUCUGACUCGAAGCAUAAGCAGCGCAUUCUUUCCACGGUUCAGCCCAGAUGGGAAAUUCCUCAUCUUUUUGUCUGCAAAAAGCUCUGUUGACUCUGGGGCACACUCGGCAACAGAUUCUCUUCAUAGAAUUGAUUGGCCUACUGCUGGAAAACUAGGUCCAUCAUUCGAAGUUGUUGAUGUGGUUCCUGUUGUGAUGUGUCCUGAGGAUGGGGCCUUUCCUGGGCUUUAUUGUUCAAAUAUUCUUAGUGGACCAUGGCUUUCUGAUGGACACACAGUGGUUUUAUCGUCUGUCUGGGGUAGUGCUGAAAGAUUACUCUCUGUGAAUGUAUUAAGUGGAAAUGUAUCAGUAAUCAGCCCUAACAGCUCAAACUUUUCUUGGAAUGUCCUUGCUCUUGAUGGGGACAAUAUUAUUGCUGUAUGUAGCAGCCCAGUUGAUAUUCCUCAAAUCAAGUAUGGUUAUCCCGUUGGGAAGACAGCCGGAGAUGCGCAAUGGGAUUGGUUAGAUGUUUCAAGCCCCACAACAAAAUGCUCUGAAAAGGCUAUGUCUUUGUCGGCAUCACAAGAAUUUAAUAUAAUGAAGAUUCCUGUUAAGGAUGUCUCCGAGAACCUUACGAAAGGUGCAAGCAAACCGUUUGAAGCUAUAUAUGUAUCCUCCAAGUCUAGGAAGGGUGACACACUCAAUCCACUAAUUGUAAUCCUUCACGGUGGCCCUCACUCUGUCUCAGUAACAAGCUUCUCGAAGUCUUUAGCUUUCCUCAGCUCGCUUGGUUACAGCUUGCUAAUUGUAAAUUAUAGAGGUUCAUUGGGAUUUGGUGAGGAAGCAUUGCAGUCUCUUCCUGGGAAAGUUGGGUCUCAGGAUGUCAAUGAUGUACUCACUGCUAUAGACCAUGUUGUUAAUAUGGGACUUGCUGAUCCGUCUAAAAUAGCUGUGCUUGGUGGUUCACAUGGUGGAUUUCUGACAACACACUUGAUUGGUCAGGCACCAGACAAAUUCGCUGCAGCAGCUGCGAGGAACCCUGUCUGCAACGUGGCUUUGAUGAUUGGUACAACUGACAUUCCUGAUUGGUGUUACUUUGAGGCAUAUGGAAGCGAGGGAAAAUCUAGGUUUACAGAAUCCCCUUCAGUCGAACACCUGGCUCAGUUUCACAGCAAGUCUCCAAUCUCUCACAUCUCUAAGGUCAAAACUCCUACACUCAUCCUCUUGGGUGCUCAGGACCUGCGCGUACCAGUUUCUAACGGAUUGCAAUAUGCACGUGCAUUAAAGGAGAAAGGAGUAGAGACGAAGGUGAUCGUAUUUCCCAGUGAUGUGCAUGGCAUUGAUAGACCCCAAUCAGACUUCGAGAGCUUCCUCAAUAUUGGAGUAUGGUUCAAAAAGUAUUGCAAAUGA